CUCUUCUCUCUCUCUCCAUCCACCUCACUCACUCUCUCUCUCUUUUUUCUCUGCUCUCCUUUCUCAAAAAAGCCAUGACGGCGAUCCCGCGAUCCAUCCUCGCCUCCGCGCUAUCUUUAUAUUAUUUCUAAUUUCAUUUUUAAUAUAUAUUUUUCCCUUGUAUCUUCUCGUGGAUGUCAAAGGCAUUGGAUGAAGACAUUUUUUUUGCCCCCCACCGGAGUCUCCUCUCUAACCCCGGCUCUCCCCGAUGUGAUCCGCGCUGAACGCAGCCGCCGACAGCCACCAUGUCUCGCCGCAAGCAAGGCAAACCCCAGCACUUAAGCAAACGGGAUUUUUCGCCAGCCGAGCCCCUGUCCACGGCCGUGGUCUCGUCGGAGGAGCUGUCGGAGCGCUGCUCGGACCGCUGCUCGGGCCGCUGCUCAGGCCGCUGCUCGGAGCGCUGCUCGGAGCACUCGGAGGAGCAACAGCACCACCACCACCACCACGGCGGCCUCAACGGGCACCACCCGGGCUCGGCCGUGAGCCGGCUGGCCCGGCUGGGCCACGAUGCCCUCCCCCACCACCCGUCCUCCUCCCCGCAGGACCUGCUGACCUGCGGCCAGUGCCAGGCCACCUUCCCCCUCGCCGACAUCCUGCUCUUCAUCGAGCACAAGCGGAAGCGCUGCCACGGGCCGCCCUGCUUCUCCGUGCUGGGCAGGGGGCUGGACAAGCCCCCCUCGCCCUCCCCCGGCCUGGCCCUCACCCCCUCGCCCGCCCUGGGCUCCUUACGCAGCCGGAGGCCCGUGGAAGUGGGCGUCCAGGCCACGCUGGCCGACGAAGACGAGGAGCGCUUCUGCUCCCCCCGGGGGAUUUGCCCCAAGCAGGAGCCCGUGCCAGGUAAGGAGGAGCCAACCACCUACACCUGCACUACCUGUAAGCAGGCAUAUGGCAGCGCCUGGUUCCUGCUGCAGCACGCUCAGAACACCCACGGCUUCCGCAUUUACCUGGAAAGUGACCACGGCAGUCCUCUCACACCACGCAUGGGUGGGCCCUCCUCCCUUGGCGGCGGCGCUGACUGCCCCUCUCAGCCUCCCCUUCACGGGCUCCAUUUGCCUCCAGAUGCAAGCCCCUUCAACCUCCUCCGCAUCCCUGGCUCAGGCUCAGGUGGAAGAGACAGCAUCGGACCAAUUGGCGGUAUGGGCUCUGUUGGAGCUGUGGGCGGGGGGCAUCAUCAGCGUUUCCCUCCAACACCUCCCCUCUUCAGUCCCCCUCCAAGGAACCACCUGGAUCCCCACCACCUGAGUCCAGAGGAGCUGGCGCUGGCAGCCCACCACCCGAGUGCCUUUGACAGGGUGCUGCGCCUCAAUCCUCCUCUGCCUCUGGACCCACCUCCAACAAUGGACUUCUCAAGGAGGCUACGCGAACUGGCAGGCAACACCUCAGGGUCCACUCCCCCGCUAUCGCCCAGCCGGCCAAGCCCCAUGCAGCGCUUACUCCAGCCAUUCCAGACGGGAGGAAACGGAGGCACCGGAGGUGCAGGGGGCAGCAAACCUCCAUAUCUUGCCACUCCACCACCUCUUUCAGGCUCCAUGGAGUCACCAGUGGGCUCUCAGACCAAUCCUACAACCCCUCUCCCCUCGGCAGGGGCAACACCCUCCUCCACCACCCAGUUGAAAUCAAAGUGUUGCGAGUUUUGCGGCAAGGCCUUCAAGUUCCAGAGUAAUUUAAUAGUGCACCGGCGCAGCCACACGGGAGAGAAGCCGUACAAAUGUCACUUGUGUGAUCAUGCAUGUACACAAGCCAGUAAACUGAAACGUCACAUGAAAACACACAUGCACAAAUCCUCACCCAAUACAGGCAAGUCAGAAGAUGGUCUAUCAGCAACCUCAUCCCCAGAGCCCGGCACCAGCGAGCACAUGGGCAGCGCAAGCAAUGCACUUAAGUCAGUGGUGGCCAAGCUGAAAAGUGAGAAUAACCGCAUGAUACGUGAAAAUGGGGAGGAGGAAGAGGAAGAGGAAGAAGAGGAGGAAGAGGAAGAGGAGGAAGAAGAGGAGGAGGAAGAAGAGGAGGAAGAAGUAGAGGAGGAGGAUGUGCAGAAUGGGGAGAGGACCUCCAGGAGAAACAACAACAGUUAUCACUUUGGACUGAACCUUGAAGCAGCACGGCAGCAUGAAAACAACUCUGGAAUUGGAAGUCGACUGGGAGGAGUAGUUGAUGAGGGGUCGAUGCCUCGCUCACUGCCUGAGGUGAUGCAGGGGAUGGGUCUGGCUGCUAGCAUGCAGCACUUCAGUGAAGCCCUCAAUGCACACAAACGAAAUGCGAUGGCCCAGGAGAACCACCUGCACCACCAUCUUAACCGAGACCAUCACCACGGUCGUGAGAUUUGCGAUCGAGACUCUGUGCUGGAAAGAGAACGCGGGGAGGAAUGCUCUAUUUCAACAGUCAAUGGUCGAGGAGCAUCUCCUAAUGAAUCUGCCGCUGUUGGCCUCUCCAAGAAACUGCUUCUGGGUAGCCCCAGUCCACUCAGUCCUUUCUCUAAACGCAUAAAGCUGGAAAAAGAAUUUGACCUUCCCACCCCUACAAUCCCUAACACGGAGAACGUCUACUCCCAGUGGCUGGCUGGCUAUGCCGCCUCUCGACAACUCAAGGACCCUUUUCUGAACUUCGGGGAUUCGAGACAAUCGCCCUUUGCAUCUUCAUCCGAGCAUUCUUCAGAGAACGGCAGCCUGCGUUUCUCAACCCCUCCAGGGGAACUGGACGGUGGGAUGUCGGGCCGUAGUGGUACGGGCAGUGGGGGCAGCACACCACACCUUGGGGGGCCUGGACGGCCAAGCUCCAAGGACGGACGUAGGAGUGACACUUGUGAGUAUUGUGGGAAGGUGUUCAAAAACUGCAGUAACCUGACAGUGCACCGGCGCAGUCACACUGGAGAGAGACCGUACAAGUGUGAGCUGUGCAAUUAUGCAUGUGCCCAGAGCUCCAAACUUACUCGCCACAUGAAGACCCACGGUCAGGUGGGCAAAGACGUGUACAAGUGUGAAAUAUGUCAGAUGCCCUUCAGUGUCUACAGCACCUUGGAGAAACACAUGAAAAAAUGGCACAGUGACCGUCCUUUGAGUACCGAAAUAAAGUCAGAGUAGAAGGCCGAACAAUGGGACCUUUCCCCUGCAGCUAUGUUCGCAUCAGUCCCCUGUUUAUUCCCAGCCCCUUGUAGAUUUGCCCCUAUCCCAACACUCCACUUUCACCAGCCUGGUGAAAGCUUAAGACCAUGUGCUCUGCACCAGCACACCCUGUUACCAUUAUCCAUUGAAUGCAUGAUCUGUAUCGGGGCAAUACUCUUGCAUUGACGCAAAACUUCGAGCCUUUCUCUUGUGCAAUAAUUUACAUGUUGUGUACUAUUUUAUUUUUUGAGUUCUCCUUUUCCAUUUUUAAGAAUUAGUCAGCAUGCAUAGUAUGUUUUUGCUUACCAAAACAUAAAAAAGGAAAAAAAAAAAAGAAAAGAACUUGUCCCUGGUUGGUUAGUUGUUGAGUAAAUGUGUUGCUGUUUUUCUCUUGUUUAUUUUUUUUUUCUUUUUAUUCUUUAAAAAGAGAAAAGACAAGAAAGAUACAUCCAUGCUGCAUACAUUCUGUGACACAUAUCAUGUACAGCUUUGUUUCGUAACAUGGAAAGUGAACAGUCUUUUACUUGACGCUCUUCUUCCAACCCUGGAAAUGCACUUAUCCCAAUCUUUCUAAAAGAUUCCAUGUUCACACAGGGUUAAAAAAAAAAACAAGAAAAAAAACAUGCAUUGGCUUGAUGAUUAAACUGAAAGUGACAACAGCCUUCAAAUUUCUUUCAAAAAGACAAAAGUGUGCUAAAAAUGUCCUUUGCACUAUCAUUUGGUGGAAUGAGAAAGAGUGCCUUUGAUAUCUCAAGACUGCAUUGGCCAUAAUCUUAUCUGGUAUGAGUUUGGAGUCGCACUAGCUUAAGCUAAAAGGUUUAAACUGCCCAGGAAAGGUCCUUGCAUCAAGCACCUGACUGCUCAGAGGGACUGUGACAACUCAUGAUGAAAGAUCAGAAUAAUCAUUUAGCUACCUGUUUUUUGUUCAGUAGGCUAUCUCUGAUAUGUGGAUUUCAAGCAUGGUACAAGCAGUAUUGUGUAUAUCUGAAUUAUUUGUAAUUUUGUUUCUGAUAGGGAGGUACUUUUUGAGACAAAGGUAAUCUGUAAUGUACAAUCCUGAACUUGAGGGGCACGGCGCAUAGCUCACAUGCGUCAUGUAUCUGCACAAACCUACAACGCUGCUUCAAAGUGUCAGUAAGUGGAACAAUGCAUAUAGUAAUAUAUGAGCUCCAAGUGAAGCCAACUUUAUUAGAGAGCAUUGAAAUAAUUACACGCUACACAGACAGAAAGCUACACAGAGCUGGAAGCUACUUAAAGCGGCACAAAGGAACUUUUUGCUAGGAGGAACCUCCAUAGGCUUGGACGUUAAGGUUCUGUAACAAACAACACUGUCACGGGAUUUGCUCAUGUUUGGCCACUCUCCCCUUUCUCUUCCAUCACUACCUUCUUGAGUGUGUAUUGGUAUGAUUAUAAAUUAGACGAAAAAUCUUUAGAAAGACUAUCGUAUGACACCCUGUCACAUUUAAAGACAACUAAGUCAGGGUUUUGUAAGCUCACUAUUUACUAAGGUUGGACCUGAAUGCACAAAUAUUCCUCUGUUAGGUACAUAUUUGGAUUUCGGUUGGGGAUAUCCCAAUUUUAUUUAUUAGUUUCAGUGCUCCCUUCACACUGGCAGGCGGCGGUUGGGAACAUCACCUAUGCUAAUGCUUAGUUUUAUUUUACAUAUUCAGCUUUGAUUUAUACUUUCAACUGAGUGACCAAUUGGCAAAUAAACUCCUUCCCCAUCGCAUUUAUUCCAAGAAAAGAAGACAUUUUUCACUGGCACACAAGCUAUUUUCCGUCUUCUCGGUUGGCCUCGCACAAAAACUCGCUCGCUCUUAUUCUCUUCUCGACACAGAGAAUAUGUGACCGAGCAGGCAUGUGCACCACAUUUGUUUGGGCGCACACAUGUUACGUCAGGGCUCCACCGCGUCAUACAUCGCAUACAGCAGAGAUUCAUUACCUCAAUCCCCUAAAAUCCUCACCCACCAGCAAAAAAAUAAAGCUUUGAAUAUUUCUUGUAAUUUUUUGCUGAUGUUCUGGAGCCCCUAAAAAGGUAUUCAGACAUAUUUGAUUUAGCUGUGAGAUGUGGAAAAAGACUGCCUCUGAUUUGCUCCGACUGCCAUCUCAAACCUACUGAGAUCAAAGGACACAACCUAGCUCAAGCAAGUCGCUUUGUGGUUUUCUACUGACUGUGGAAAUUUGUCUAUGACCUUGAAAUCAUUUAUAAAAUAGUUAAGUGUAUGAUCAGCAGUAUUCCAUUGUACCUCCGUGGGUUAUAUUCAUAAUUGUUGAGCCAAGCCCUAACCCUGAAGCCAUACCCAGCUCCCACAAGAGAUGACCAGGACAGUAGUCCAAAGUUACUUCAGCUGGUUUUUAUUGACAGUAAAGGACUGAAGACCCCGAGAGCCAGUCAACACAUCCUAAAAAAAAUAGAUAAAAUAUUGAUAUUUGACAUGCAAAAAGCUCCUUUGUGCUGUUUUUGAUAUCAUGUGGAUCAAUGUGUUUCAUGUUACAUUUCUAGUAUCAAAAAAAGAGGCAUCAGCAAUGGCUCAAAGAAAAAGAAUAACUGCAAAAAAUAUAUUUGUUCUUUAGGGCUUUUGGAAAAACAAAAUCCAGUAUCAAUCCGUAUGCAUAGGCUGAUGCAGGGCACUUUUUUCAGUUUUUAACCCAAAAGGAGAGUUUUUCUACUACAAACACCAUCCAUGCCGUCCAUAUUCAAGUUCUAGCCAUUCUACCUGGUAUAAGUACCACCAUUUUCCUUGCGUUGUCCCACACCUAUUAAAAGUCGGUACAUGGGUUGAGUCAAAACAGCUGGGUUGUCAUUCAUAGGACAUGAAGUGCACUGUUUCAGUUUUCCCAGUUUACAAGUUUUACGCUGAAGGGGAAAACCUCAUUCUAACGCCGGCAGAACACGGGGGUCCCACCGUCACGAGCAGUUAAAGAUGACAAACAGAGUCAGUUGCCAGCAACUCUGGCCUCAUGGCCCUUCACCUCUGUGGCUUUGCCAUUUCACCUUUGACCAUUUGUCAGUUUGUUACCCUUGGAAACUCCAGCACUUAGCCUGGGGAGGGAAAUUCACUCACGCCAGCAAAGGUCUUUAACUUAAAAGCUUAGCGAGUUACUGAUAUAACCACUUCUCCAACAUGAUCCCAAACUGAAGCCGAGCUGCGUUUUAUCAUCGCUGAUAAAAUACUGCAAAAUAAUUUAGGGACACCGGGCGCUCAAAUCAUGUUGCUCAAACAGAAUCAGUCCAUGUGGAAAAAAAAAACAAAAAAACUUAAAUUAUCGGUAUGAAAAUAAACAUUUUUGCAGAUGACACUUGGGUAUCUUUUAGAGGGAAGCUGUAUUUAAGUUUUGUCGUCGUCCUCUUUUCCUAAGCAUCUUGGUGGUGUUCAAGACUCCGUUCACGCUAUAUAUGAAAUGACACAAAAAAUGAAAAAGUAAAAACUCUGUGAUGUUUGUUCAUUUGAUUUGAUUUGAUUUGAUUUUUUUUUUCUUGCCUUGACUCUUCACAGCUCUUCAGGUUGAAAUACAAUUUGCAUCGGGGAAAGGAUUAAGAUUAUAUAUGAAUAUAUAAUAAAGAACUUAAAAAUAUAGGAAAAUGCACACUCAUGUCAAUUCCUAUGCUUAAACACAUUUAUGGUCUACUUUUUCUGUAUUUCUAGAAUUGUAUUUGAAUUCAAUGUUCACUUAGAGUAGGCACUAUAGUAUUUAUAUUGAGGCUCGUAUUUUUAACUGUUGCUUGUCUAUAAGGUAUUUACCAUACCUUCUUUUUGGUAGUGGAAAAAAAAUCCCAAGCUGCCACAGUAUAUUUUUUUAAUUUGGCAGGAUAAUAUAGUGCGAAUUAUUUGUAUGUUUAAAGAAAUAAAAUGGAAAAAAAAAUCCCAUAAGAAAAAAAAAAAAAAAAAAAAACGCAGCUAAAGUAUGUGGCAUUGGGAGGCGUGGCGGGCCAUCAGAUGGCCGCUGCUCUGUUUCCUGUCCACAGAGGUGGUUGUACAUAUCCCCCCCCCCAACAAACCCCCCCAGCCCCAACAACCCCCCGCUGCCAUUCUCGUAUGCAGUAACGAAAGCUGACGUCGGCCUGUUCGGUUCUGUUGUGUGCUUCUGUCUCCCUCUCACCUCUCCCACCUGACGACAUUCCAACAUCAAGAAGAGAGGAAAAACGACAAAAGAAAAAAAAAACAACUUCAUAUGCAGUACAUGGAUUUAAAAAAAAGUGUUAAAUACAUUUUAAAAGAAAUUAAAUGUUUUGCAGUUUUCUUUUUCAUUGCCAAAUACGAAAUGGUGCUUUAUAUUUAGAUUGGGUAAAUAUACUUUCAUAUGCAAAGCAUAUUUAAAAAUGACCAGGGGGAUGAGAAGCCUGCUUGAGUUGAGACUUUUUUGUAAAUGGCAAUGCGGAAUAUUUUGUUAUUAGCCUUUUCUAUUCCUGUUCUGAGAGCUGUUUGUUGUAACUUGAACUUGAACUUUAUCUUUUACAAUGGGAGUUACUAUUUAUUAUUACCUAAAAUGCUCUGUUCAAAACAGAGACAUGGAAUGGAGUCCUUUUGGUUUCUUGUUUAUUUUUACUUUUUUUGUUUUGAUUCUAAUAUUAUUUUAUUUUAUUUUUUUCUUUUUGUAAAGGUGGCCGAUGGUCAUUGGACAAACCAAGCUCUUUGAUUUCCGUUGUACUUGUUUGGGGUCUCUGUUCAGUUGUAUUGGGAAUACCACUGUCUGUGUUUUCUGGCAGAUGUCUGCAUAAUCCUGUUCACACACCCAUUUUGUCCCUUUAUUGA